ACACAAUAUUUUCCCCCAAAAAUAUGCUUAUUUCGUUUUCAGAGUUUAUUUUCUGUUUUCUAUUGUGUUUCCAGCGUAUUUUAAAGUAUGGGUGUUUGUUUAGCGGAAGGUGGCUGAACGCCAGAGCCGAAGACUCUGGGAUCCCUGUUGAAAGUUAAUUGAAUACCGAUGAUCACAGCUCCCAAUAAAGAUUGCGAAAUUUGUGUUCCUACUGAGAGUAUAUUUUAUGAUAUAUUUCCCCGGAUAAGUGGACCGAGUCUUUAACCAUCACUUUUCCGCUCUUUUUGGAAUCUUUUUUGGAAUCUUUUAGAAUCGGGCGACCUCAGGCGGCUUUUCCCGUUUGGGUGUUGCCGGAUCGAUACUGCAUCCACGAUCCCUACUGCACUUUGCUUUACCUUAUCGGCUUUGACCGGGUAAGAUUUCCUUAUUUCCCCCCUAUUCAUCUUUCCAUUUACUCUUUCUUUUUCCUCUUUUUUUUAGUUUGUAUUCCCUCCUGCUCUAUUGGCCGAGACCCUCCCUGGCCACAAUCUGCUAUGCCGCGAUCCCCUUCUCUUACCGCGCCAGCAGGUCGGGUGGCGAUAUUUAACAUCAUUUACAAGGGGCUUCACCCUUCUGGUCUUCCGGAUGGACUGUGGCAGCCACUGGGUUUCCUACUGUGGGCCAUAGCCCUGAUACCGCUGCUGUUUCACCGAGGAUCCCUGCAGCAGGGAUCAAAUCGACGAAGGAAGUGUUGGUUCACGCCCAUGGGAAAUGUCAGCAACCACCCCAUUCAUAUCAAACGUUGGGCUGCAGCUUCGAGACGAAGGACUUAUCCACCCUACGCUUUGGGCCAAACCGAGUCAUUUACGAUUUCUCCCGCCAGACAGAGUCCUAUCAAAGCAUUACCGAGGCUUAUUCGAGAUAGACCGAGGUCUAUCCCAGCCAGGCCUAACCUAACAAGCUAUCGACAUCCUUCGACCUGGCCAUCGACAACAAGGACUUUGACUAUGGUAACCAAGCGAAAAGCUACGCGGGAUGCUAGACUCUAGAUAGAUCUCGUUGUUGUUAGGUGUAAGAUAGAUAAAACUGUUUUCCACUUGUUCAUUUAUUGAUAAUAAGCUAACUUUUGAUGAAUAAAAUAGUUC